AUGUCUAUUGAGCACAGCAAGCGAUUAUCCGUCAUUUCCAACGAUGCCCCCUGUUUGACGUCCGAGCUAAUAUACAUCAACAACCUUAUCAACGCGGCCAAAGAUCGCAAGUCAGAGGAUUUCAGAGAACUCUUGAGGUAUUACGGCGACCUCCUCGGCCAACAGCGAUAUGUCUUUGAGGAGCGCCUUUGCCCCCAGAAUCUACUAAAUCUACACAACCACAACCCUCAAUAUCGAACAGGCCCCAAGAAAGAUGUCAUGGAAAGAAAACUGGACGCAAUUCUCGUUCAGAGUCGCGAAAUGCACCAGUGCACCAUCCCCAAGUUCUUUGUCCUCCUCCCCAAGACCUUUGACAUAUUCGACCCCAAGUCGCUCAGUAUUGAACAACCGUACGACUUCUUGGAGCGGUAUGGUUCUUAUGUCCUGGGCAUGCUCAAUGUCCUGAGUCACUGUUUGCGCAAAGGAACCGUCUCCCAUGGGACUUCUCAUGACGCCAUGUCGGGCGUCGAGUCGAUCGCCAACGCUACUUUUGAGAACGUUGUUAGCGGCUCGAUCUCCUUUCUCAGACAAACAUUGGCGGGAUCUGGCAUCACUCAGCCUUCACCAACCACAAGUCCAGAAGGACCUCAGCAGCAGGAUAGUCUUCUUCCGGGUGUAGCUGCCUUGGAGGGCGCGGACCUUCGGCGUCUGACGACAUUCUUGCGAUACAACGACGGCGACAGGAUACUGGGCAACCUCUAUAGGAUAACGACGGGCGAAGGCUAUGUGAAGUGGAUGUGUCGCGAACAUUAUGAACAGUCUCUCCAUGACACCACCAUAAGCCCCUUCUUGGGGAUCCUUCAGGAGAUCAACGGCUCAUACGAUCCUCACCUCCGCAAGGUCACCAUCUCCCUGACAUCUAGUGCCUAUUCCAAGAGAUUUUUCGAGACCUUUGCCAGCCAGGCAACCGACGUGGACGAGCUCGACGUAGUUUUUGACGGCUGGACCUUUUGGUCGUGGGAUCUAGAGAUUCUUGUCAGAUCGGUCUGUCAGUCGAAUGUCAAGAGCCUCAAGCUGGAUUUGAAGGACUCAGUUAACGACGCCAUCACUGAGUUUGGUGCUCGUAUUACGCCAGGCAGUAAGUACCAGCCCCUUUUCGACCUACUCUGGAAUAGAAAUCUCCAGAGUCUCUCUCUGUCUGGUGCUGGCGCGUUUGGACUCAGGACUUCAGAUUUUGAGAUGGGUCCGCACUUUUCUUACCUGCAGAGUUUUCAUUUCUUGCAUGCGAUCAAGACCUCGGACCAGCUGCGAUUGAUGAAGCUCCUGACCUACUGCCGCAACUUGACGGACCUGAGACUGGGCGAUUAUCUCAAUCCGAGCGGGAUCCGGCAACAAACGGUGUCGGUUAUUGCGGCGAUGGAGCACCUUAGGACGCUACAUUUGUACAGAGUGGAGGGCAAGUCUGAGCAAUCAGUGUCGGGUCUUUUAUAUGCGUUUGCCAACAAAGUCACGCCACUCAAGGAACUCGUAUGUUAUGUCGGUCGCGUCAACGAGUGGGAGCUGGGUGAGGUGAUCAAGAGUUUGUCGAGGACGAUCGAGAUUCUUGUAGUUGAGCAGGUGUCUCCGCCCAACUUGGAUUUGGUCCCCUCCAUGAAAUAUCUGGCAGGCACCUUCAAGUGUCUCAACUUGGUCCACCUGGGACUCACAAGUCACUCCAAAACCCUUCUGGAGCAUGUCAACUUUCCAACCCUGAGAUCCAUCAGCCUCCUCGACUUUGAUGCGGCCGGCAUGAAACCCCUCAAAGACUACGUUCAGAACUGCAACAACCACACGCACCUGGAAGUGGUCUCUCUCCAAGGUUGCAAGUAUGCCAACCCCUGGAAAUUUGCGCCUCUUCUCAAGAACCUCACCCUGCGACGCCUCCAACUGAGCGGACUGUCGAGUCCAGAACUGAAGGGGAUGGUGGGUGUCAUGAACCUGUCGCGACUGGAGUGUUUGGUCCUGGUUGGGUGUCAUUAUGAUUGGGCUGUGGAAGAGACGUUGGCGGUGAAGCGGGCCGAUUUCCGGCCAGAGUUGAUAUUGCAUUUGAGUGUUACCAGUAGUGAGGUUUCUCAUAAGCAGAUGGAGGAAAAAGGGAUCGAUAAGGUCGAGAGUCGGGAGGCAGUUGACACGGCAGUCAAGUUGGCGGCGAGGCGAGUGCGGUUUUAUAGCGAGGCGCAGUUGGUGCUCUUGGGCCGCUCCUUGGAGACUACAUAUAUAAUUAUCCCUAAUUUUCAUCGCUAUGCUCCAUCAGAGGUUGUUCAAAGAGGAGAGCUGAGAUAA